UGUUUUGGUUUGAAUACGGACACACACAUAGGAAUAUUCUCGUUGUUAUUGGCUGACCCCUGUUUAGAAAUAUUCUUUUUUAAACUAUCCGUAAACAUUACACUCAUUCGUAAACAACAGAGUUCUCCGGAAUUUUGCUUUCUUUUUAUUUUUUAUCGGGCAUUACUUGUUUGCCUUCUUAUUUGCUUAUUUGGUUUUGUUGGGGAAGGUUUGCCACGCAAUUUUUUUGUUAAUAAAAUCCGUAGAAAACAUUGCAGAAAGUUGAAAAGUUUUUAGUUUUUUAAUUCUCCAUCAUGUCGUGUGAAGUGAAGACAUAUGGAAAUCUAAAAGAUUUUCACAAAGUCCAGGAAUAUUUUGGGCUCAAACAUGAUGAUAAUUGGUUGAAUGGCAUAAACUAUUCCAUAUCGCCAGCGGGGGAUAUGAUUGCCAUGGCUUUGGGCGAGAAAUUGGCUUUGCUUAGCUCGAGUUGGGACAGCAAAUUGCAAACAUCCACAUACACAUUGAGUUGGUGUGGAGAACUUGAGGAUCCGAAUCAAAUUGUUAGUUCAGUUCUGUGUUUACCCAUGUUCGGCAAGGCUGUGAGCUCGGGAGCCGAAUGGACCUGCAUUGCAAUGGGUCUAAGUUCGGGCAUGGUGGUAUUCUAUACAGAUUCUGGUAUAAAAUUAUACUCACAAAGUUAUCACGAAAGUCCUGUACAGGCAAUUAAGGCCUACACACCUCCCAGACAUUCCGAAGCUGAUGCCUUUGUAUAUGUUGUCUACGACCAUUGUGUUUGCAUCUUAAAGGGAUCCGAUUUGAUACCACAUCUAAAUAAUUUACGACAAAAUCUUAAUCGAACAAUUGGUCGUAGUACGACUUCCAUUGCUGAGACUGCCGACUUACUGCCAUUUCAAAAAUUCGCUUUUCCCAAUGAGCGGGAGACAAUUAUAAAUGAUGCCAUUAUCGAUUCUACACAGAUACCGCGAGUGUAUGACAACAUUGUUGACCAAUGUGUUUCGUUUGGUUAUCAUGCUCGUGUCUCUUCCACAACGAUGAAAAGUUCUACGGUUGUGGGUGUGGGUGCUGAGCCAUGUUUGGGUUUUUACCAGGCUGAAGAAGGUUAUAAGACAAUUUCAAUUGGCGAAGUGGCCAAGGAUGUAAUUGGUAUGGCCUAUCGCAAUAUUAUGGGUAAUCUUUUUGGACGCCCUGCUCCGCCAACAACACCCUCACCCGAUGAACAGCCCUCAUUGGAAGCCGGCAAAGAAUUAAAAAUGCGCAUGAAAUGUAGAUUUUUUGAUGAAAAACGUGAUGGUAAUACUAUUGUGAUAGCACCGAAUGGUCGCCUUGCUGCCAUAAUUGAUAGUUUGGAUAGAGUGUUAUUGGUGGAUACACAAAAAUCGGAAAUCAUUCGAGUUUGGAAAGGUUAUCGUGAAGCCCAGUGUGCAUUUGUACCGGUCAAGGAGAAAACACUGAAAGGUGUGCAAACGACAAAAAGAAAAACACUGUUUUUGGUCAUCUAUGCUCCACGUCUGGGUUGUCUUGAAAUUUGGCCUCUGCAACAUGGACCAAAAGUUGCUGCAUUCACCGUUACCAAAAAUGGACAAUUAGCUUAUAAUACACAUGGACUAUUGGGUCUAACACCAGAUAGUAAAAAUCGCACACAUAUCAGUACAUGUUUGUUUUUGGAUCCCAGUGAUGCCAGUGUCAAAGAAAUACAAAUACCCUUUCACUAUGCCUUGAGCACAGCCAAUUCGGCCACCUCCAAGGAUAUACAUCUUAUGAGACGUUUGAAAAAUUUACUACGCUCCAGCGAUAAUACCAAACUGGAUAUAGAAGAAAUAAGCUCCAUGGCUGCGGACUUUCAAACGAUUGAAGUGCGUCAACAGUGUUUGGAAAUGAUAUUGAAAAGUAAACAACUGCGUGCUCCAAUUUUUCAAAGUAUCAUCCAUGCCUUUGAUCUAACGCUGCAGCAACAGAUUGAAAAUCCCGAAAAAUAUAACAUUAAAUCGCUAGAUGAUUAUCGGCAUUUUCAAAUUGUCAUACGCAACUAUAAACGUCUUUGUGUAUUCUAUAUGGAAAUGAAGGUGCCACAGAAGCGUGAAUAUGUUGAAACCUUGGAAUUGGAUGAAUCUGAUUUGGUGAUAAUGCAGCAAUUGGUAUUGCUGUUAAGUGAGUCAUAUCUUUUGAAACAACAAAUGAAUGAAUUUGGAGUAACGGCACGUGGCGUAACAUUCGGUGCAGAGUUUGAUGAUGUUGGAGAAUUUGUGGAAUUUCUAAAUAUCUUUCAAGUUGAUCAGGCAUCACGGAUUCCGUUGCUAAAGGAAAAGUCGAGUAACUUUGGGGAAGUUAGUUCAAAACUUUUCAAUCGUUUCUUCACAGAAGGCCUGUGCUUUGAUCAGUUCAAAUUGGCAGCUGAAAAAUCAUUAAUACCACAUCAAGAUUUAUUGAUAUUGGCACUUUACUACUGGCUGGAGAAACCCUUCACCUAUAAAAACUGUGAUGAAGUUAUUGCUGACAUGUCUCGUUUGGCCGAAAUGAUCAAGGCUAUUUGCCAACUGGCUGGGGAUGUUGUUAAUAAUUAUGCUUACAAUGCUAUAUCGCCCUGGUGGCAGUAUGUAAGAGAAUUGCUCUUGGAUAGUCCGAAAUCAUUGGGCCUACUUGUGGCUAUUGUGUGCAAAACUGUGGCUGUAUCUGUCAGGCGAGAAUUUAAGGAGGGUUCUUGUGAUGAAAGUCCACAGCAAGAAGAUGACAAUUUUGAACGCAUAUCCCAUGAUGAAGCCCAGUGGGGUUUGUUAAUUGGUAAAUUGGAAGAUAUUGCAGUACUGGGAGCAAUUUUAGAAUAUCCCAUAAUAAGCCUGGAACCAAUAAUGCCUGAAAUCCCCUAUGAACAGCCGGACUGUAGUCUAAAAGCCAUUGUCAGUGGUGGCAAAGGAAUUGUUACCGAUUUAACAGCAAAAUGGUUAAUAAACACCAGAAUACAUCCAUCGAAAAUUGUGGAAAUUGAUAAGGCAGAAAUAGUGCAAGAAGGUGAAACUGACUUGAAUGCUACAACAAAAACGUCGCACUACGAAGAAACUGGCGAUUUGGACGCGGUUCUUAUGAAGUUAUCAUUGCUGCGUAAACAUUUUCCAUUCAGUUUAGAAUCAGGUUCUCUGCUGAGUCUUUUGACUUGGCAUUACUUGAUCUACUGGAGUAAGAAUCUAACAAGUUUAGAACAUUUUCGUGCUGCCAUAGAAUGCCUAAAACAAUUCCGUGUAACAGAUUUGGCAUUGAAACAUGGUACUGGCUGUAUGUUGUGGCAGGCAGCCAUUAAAUAUCCCCUACAAAGUACAGCAAAAUUAAUCCAUAAAGUUGGACGUUUGCCAAAGGAUAAAUUAUGUCAACAGGAUAUUGAAAUGUCUGCUUCAUGUGUUCCAGAAUUUCUUGAGCUAUGUCUAUUGUUUCUGGAGCACUUGGAAGAUUCGCUGGAUCAUCAAUCAUAUGACUUGAAGUUUGAAGUGUCUUUGGCUGAGGGACAGACCCCCUUGCAGUUUUUGGCUCUGCAACAACAUCAUGCCAUCAAAGAGCAACUGAAAUUACAUUAUGAACUGUGCUCAGUUUUACACUUCAUUGCCUUUUUCCAACUGAGAGUUUCGAAGCCCUUAACCCUGGUGUUUGAUGCCAUGAGUAAUAAGGCAUUCUUUGGUGAUAUAAAUAAAGAACUGAAUUUUAUACUACCAGCAGCUGAUAUGGUUUUACAACAACAUCGCACCGAAUUUCUAUCGAAAGUUAUCACGGCCUCAAUGGAUUUAAUAAGGGAGGAUUUGGAACAGCUUUUUGUUGCCGAACAUUUUCAAUAUAUGGAUAAAAUUUUCAAAUUGGCCGAAAGCUGGGGUGUUGACCAAAAGGCCUUGAGAAGACGACAGAUUGUAGAUCUCUAUGCCCAUGGAUUUGAUGCCAAUGCUGAGUUAUUGCUAAAUGAUGUAGCCGAAGAUGAAUUUAUUGGCCGAAUGUUACUUGAAAUAGCUGGAAGGCGUUUACAUUUAUAUUCCAACAAAUCACAGGGGACAUUUUUACAAAUUGCCUCUGUUGGUCAACAGCUACUGAGUUAUUUGGAUAAUCUCAAUGAUACAAGUGGUAACUAUGAUUUACAAAUCACUGCUUCGGAACCUCAUGAAAUUCAGCUGAAUGCCUUAAGCAAAUUGGUACACAUUGCCAUGAGAUAUAUACCUGGAAAGGAGUCGGCGUAUUUACGAAUUGGUGCACAAAUGUAUGAUGCCUCCACGUUACUACAAGAAUAAAGAAGUACAAUUGCAAUGAAAGUCUGUAGCCACCGUUAGAAAUUAUCAUUUUUUAAAAACACAAUAGCAAUAUUAUUCUUUUUAUUGUUUAAAACGUUUCUAUACAAAUUAUGACAUAUUUUAUACAAAUAUUAUUCAUUAACUGAUGGCAUGUGGUAAGCCGGUUAAUGUAAAACGUAAGCUUUAAAAUUGUAUUUUCAAUGUAAACGAUAUUAAAAAAAUAUUAUUCACAAAUAGAUGUAUAAAUAUUUGAUUUUUUA